UAGCAUGCAUCAUGCAUGACAGUUUUAUACCAUACUUCAUAGUCCCUGGAACUGUUUUCUCUGCAAAAAGCAUUUAUUUCUUACCGAGUUUAUGUUAUGAGGAAUUUUUUGAAUGAUAUCCGGUUAAAAACAUAUAACUAAGUUUCUUGAAAAAUGGAAACGGGGUUGAUACAAAUUUUUAGAAAAAAAUUAUUUCUAUUUGCUAAAAUACCGAACCAUAGUUUGCGCGUCACAUAUAAUGUAGGUACGUAUUAAAAGUACAUGUACUCUGAAUGAGGAGAUUGUUGGUCAGCUUGGCCAUUUCACCGAUGUGACACUGAUGUAAUGUCCUUGGCAGCCUCACAAAAGACGAAUUACUAAAUAAAUAUCUUGUAUUUUUAUGCUACAAUUAAUUCAUUCAUGGCUCAAAUCUGAGGCGUGACUGAAUCCGAGAGGAGUUUAACAGGGCGUUAUUAUCGCUACAUCUACGAAAUGGAAAUUAUUCCUUGGUGUUAGUAUACACACCUGAAAGUAAUACAAACACAAGUCAGCGAAUCUGAUGGCCUUAUCAGAAUCCUUGAAGGCUACUGAUGAGUUUUUCUUGAAGUUGGAAGUUUCUCAUUUUAAACAGAUGGAAGCUGAGGACCAAAAACCUAUAUCAGAUGUUGACGAGAUAUCUUCACUGCCAGACGGUGACCCAAAAAUCUGCAACACGUGUGUAAAGGAUCCCGAUACAACGGCUGUUUUAAAUUGUGAUGAAUCUGAGGAAAACUCGAGUGAAAUAUCUACGGUUAAUCUUUGGAACUUGAAGAAAUGCCGAGAACACCAGCUUUUGAAUGUAAAGACUCAGCAAAAGCGCCCCUCGUCAUAUCCAUCAACUAAAAACAUCGACAUGGACGAUUUGAUACUGAGACAUAUCUCGGAGGAAAUGGAUUUGAAAAGUGUGUUGUUCGGUCGUCUCUUACAACGUUGCGAAGAGGUAAGUAACGAAACGACUAAAGUCUCCGAGGACUUGACACAAGAAAUCAACUCUCAUUUUGACAAUUACAUCAAGGCGGUGGAGAGCCACAGAUCCCAACUCAUUCAGCAGGUGCGCGACCAAUCUAUCAAACAGACCGAUUACAUCCAGGGCCAAAAAUCGGUUCUGUCCAAAUUACAACAAAAUGUAGACGAAGCUAAGGAAUUUUUAAACACGAUAACCCAAGAUUCCCUAGAUGAAAGCAGUCACUGGAAACAGUUAUCCAAACUCCUCCUUCAUAUCCGGCGUGCUAACGUUCACGUGAGGUCACAGGAAAUGACCUUUUGUCCGGAAGCGGAUGGCCCAGUGAUCGACCAAUACCAGUUCUACGGACGGAUAGUAACUGGACGAGUGUGUCCGUCAAAAUGCUUUCUAAAUCAAGAGGGACUUCAGACAGCUAGAGUCCGACACAAAGCAUCAGUUCCGCUUCACGUUGUACAAGAGGAGGGCAAGCCAUACCCUUGUUCUGUAUCAGUGGGAGUCAAGAUUCUGGAGCCAUCAGGAGCAAUCUGUAAACCAAAAGAGAUGGUUAGUAAUAUGGACGGAACUUGGUCGAUAGAGAUAGUGCCGCGGGAGACCGGAAAACACGAGCUUUACGUCACAGUGGACGGACGACCAAUCAAGACAAAAUCUGUCCUGUUCCACGUAAAACCCAGUUGGCGGGAACACACCGGAAGAUGGCACUGCUGUUCCGGCUGCUCAAGAAGUAUUGGAAACAAUGAAGCGUGUAUAUACGGAUCUAGUUUUGUUGGUACAUACCACGGCUACUGCAGUCACCUGUCGGCGACACAUCCUGGAGCAGAACACUGGACGUGUUGUGGUAAAGUGACGAGACAUUCCGAGUGUGACGUGGCUCACCGUAAAAAGAGACUGAGUCACUUCGGAACCCGCUUGUUCUCCAGACCCCGGCCGCUGUCUAGCUGUAGCGUAGACUUACGCCGUAUCCACUCCACGAUCAAGGAGGUCACUCUCUGAGGCGGACGGACCACGCCCUAUCGUCACGGAUUACUAACUGGGUACUGGGACCAAAGACUGUUAUGCAGGUGAUGGGUAACACAAACCAUUGAAAUAAUUAUGGUUGAUGUUCCAAAAGAAGGCUUUAGCCAACUGUAUUCUGAAAACUACACGUUGUGAUAAAUGUGUUUAUAUAUGAACAAAAAAUAAUACUUAAUGUAAGCAGCAACUUAUAUACACUGUACAUGAUAUGAAGAAUAAGGAAUGAAAAUAAAAAGGACAUGCAGUUGAAUACAUGUUUAGGAAUAGUAAACGUGCUUUUCAUAUGGUCAGUAAAAUAGUACUCAAUAUGGAUAUGACAAAUAAU